UGGAAAUUUACUUGCGGACGGAAGAAAAUUUUUUUGGUCAUAAAGCUUGCUUUUUCCAUAGUUUUUGCUGAAUAAUUAAAGAUUAUUUUCAAUUAUUCCCAAAUCGUAAGCCGUUGAUAUAAAGUGCCUAAAAUACCAGAAAUAAUAAGUGAUUUAACGUGUUUCAAGCUUAUCAGCUCAUUUAUCUUUAAUUGCGUUGUGCUGUGACUCAAUCCAAUUUUUUGGUCUAUUUUUAUCGUAUUAUUAUAUGCAAAAGUUUAAUAAAAUAAAGGAUAAUGUCUGUUGCACCAAAAUUAUUACAACGAAUUGAUGCUCAUCAUUCUGAUGUUACGGGUUUGGAUUUCUUUGGAAAUUCAUUACUCGUUACUGGAUCUAGUGAUAAGACAGUAAGGUUGUUUAAAUGGAUCUCUGGAUCUGGAUUUGAAGAAGCCCUGAACUCUCCCUUCUUGGGUCACAAAUAUGCAGUCACAAAGGUUGGAUUUUCACCAAAAGGAUAUGUCAUUGCCAGCUCUUCUGUUGAUGGUUCUGUGAUUUUUUGGGAUGCAAAUACUGGCGAACGAGUUGAUAUAAUUCAUCAACCAAACUUAGAAGCUAUUAGAAACAUGCAGUUUUGUCCAGAUGGAUCAUUAAUAGCAACAAGCGAUGACACUGGGAUGAUCUGCAUUUUUGGACAGGAGAAGAAAUUGAUGAAAAGUAUUAAAGGCAUUCAUGAAGAAGCCGUUCCAACACUAGCUUUCUCAAAGGAUUCAAAAAUCAUGCUGACUGGAUGUACCAUGGGAAAUAUUCGAUUGUUCUUUACCGAUUUUGAUGCUGAGCAGAUAGUACCGGAUUUAUUGAUUGAUAAUGGUCACGACAUGGGUGUUUUAGAUGCUGAUUUCUGCAAGACGACAAGGUUUGAUCCUCUGCAUCUAAGCACAAAGAUAUACACGCUUGCAACAUCUGGUAAUGACAAUUUGAUAAAAAUAUGGCGAAUCUACACAAUUAUUGAAGACACAAGACCUAGCCGUCGAAAUAGUUCAGCAAGUGAUUCGCCCAAGUUGUAUUCUCGCUUAGUUCCAACAACAAUGAAUCAGCAUUUUUCUGGAACUGCCACUAUUUAUCCUACAAAUUAUAUGAAUGCAGAAUGUGUCAAUUCAUUUACAGCUCAUGGAUCAUCAGUCACGUCAAUUAAAUUUAAUACGACAGACACUUUGCUAGUUUCUGGAUCUUUGGAUCGAUUAAUUAAAAUUUGGGACAUGCAAGGAAAUUGCUUAAAAACUUUAGAUGAACACGCUCGUUAUGUCAACUGUGUAGCUAUAAAUGCUGAUUCUACAAUACUUGCAUCAGGCAGCAAUGACAAGCAGGUUCACAUUUGGGAUUUAACUGGAUCUUUUACUUUAGACUCACACAUAUCCAAUGGAUUGCGAUCACUUUUAAUGACUCUACAGUUAAAUGAACAGGAUGUGCCAAUGGAUUUUGUAUGUCCAAUUACGAGUGAAAUUAUGACAGAUCCUGUGAUUUUAGAAGAUGGGUUUAGCUAUGAGCGACAAGCAAUUUUGACUUGGUUCUCGAAAGAUAAAAAAACAUCCCCAAUGACAAAUAUGGAACUGACAACAACGGAAGUAAUGUCAAAUGAAAAGCUGAAAAUGGAAAUUGAAAACUUUCUGAAGAAGCUUGAGAUAGAUCCUUUUGAAUAAAGACAUAAAGACAUUCAUUCUAUUAAAUUAAACUAGGGUUGGGCAGAAUCGUAUUCGAAUAUAUUCGAAUAUAAUAAACAUAAAUGUGCGCAU